CUACAACUAGUGAAGAAGAAAUCGACAAUUUGGUUGAGGAGUUGUUGUCGUGACCCUCUUGUUUUUGUAAUUGAUAUAAAGUCAAAAAGCCGCCACAACGCAAUAACCAGUCAGGGCUCCAAUUGCAUCUAACCUGCACGGUUUGCGAAAUAUCGUUGGACACACUGGACUUUGUAACUAGCUAGAUAAUCGCAUAGCCAGCUAGCGUUAGCUACAAUUGCUAGCUCUAGUACACCUUGUCUGUGAGGAUGGCGGAGGAGGAAGACGAAGCUGGUUUUGACGAGGAUUUGGAUGACGGGGCGGGUGGAUCCGAUGGGAACCACGGCAAAAGGAAAAGGCUGUUCUCUAAAGAACUUCGGUGUAUGAUGUAUGGAUUUGGAGAUGACCAGAAUCCCUACACCGAGUCGGUGGACAUCCUGGAGGACCUUGUGAUCGAGUUCGUUACGGAGAUGACACACAAAGCUAUGUCCAUCGGACGCCAGGGCCGUGUCCAGGUGGAGGACAUUGUUUUCCUUAUCCGGAAAGAUCCAAGGAAGUUUGCCCGAGUGAAAGACCUCUUGACGAUGAACGAGGAGCUGAAGAGAGCCCGCAAGGCCUUUGAUGAAGCGAACUAUGGCUCUUAGAGCCUUUGAUAGAGGGAUUUGGCCUUCACUGCAAAUACACGCCUUCUUUCCCUUUUUUAAACUUCUCUUUCACAUUGUCCAAGCUGUUUAUUCUGCUUUGAUCAUUGGACAUGUUUUUUUAAAGGAUUUAAAGUUGUUGCAGAUGUGAACAUAGAGAUAGUGUUCAUUGACCACCAACUUGUGACUACAGAUAUGUUUGUGCUCAUGUGAAAUGCUUAUGCCUUCUACAGACAUCUUUCUAUUUUUAUUUAACUAGGCAAGUCAGUUAAUAACAAAUUCUUAUUUACAAUGAUGUCCUAGGACUAGGGGCAGAAUGACAGAAUUUUACCUUGUCAGCUUGGAUUCGAUCAAGCAACCUUUAGGUUACUGGCCCAAUGCUCUAUCUAUCCACAAGGCUACCUGCCGCCCCAUUAACAUACAACUACUUUCUAGUAUUAGAUGUGUGUAUUUGCCGUAUACUGUGCUGUAUCCACAGAAUGACAUCACAUUGCAGUAUCAAUCAUUAGGUCCUGUUAGGAAAUGUCUCUUAGGUGAGAAUUGUUGUCCUGUUUAUCAGUAAGGAUAGUGACACAAUGGUGGAAUGGACAUUUAUGAAUAAAGUAACUCCCAAUCCUUGA